GCCAGGCGGUGGUGGCACGGAUCCCACGUCCAUUUAUGGCCCUGCAGGGUGAGAGGGACACGGCCGGGACUCUCCAUGUACGGUCCUCGAGGAGUCCGAAAGCGUGGUUGGGGUGUUCUUGGAGGCAGCAGCUAGACAUUGUGAGAUAAAAAUAAAUUGGCAGGAGAUGUUUGCGAUUCCAGUUCCAGUGUCUGCCAGGAGGGCAGAGAGCACGGGGGAGAGAGCAGAGAGUCCACGGAGCGCUGGGCGGCAUCUGUCUCCUUCCCCCGAAGGGCUGCCCGUGACACUCCCCCAGCUCGCUUGUGCUCUUAGAGAGUUUGAGCUGCGUCCUUGUGACCAUCCCUUAUGAAGAGAAAGCUCCGUUCUGUGAGGCAUCAGGGGAGGCACCAGAAGAGAUCUUGAGAGAGGGAGAGGGAGGAAGGUGCUCGUGCAGGGGGCAGGCUGGCUGGUUUGGGGACAGGGUGAUGCUGACCACCACUCUGUCUGUGUCUGAGGAAUAUCGUCCUAAGUGUCAUGCUCUUAUUAUUCCUUCUGCCCAUCUGGGUUUCUGGCGUCAAGAGGAGAUCUGCAAAGUAUCUUACAGAGUGUCUUGUGGCUUGUCAGCUGCGAUUUAGAGACACUGAACUUUCAUGGAGGUUCUGUCAAGGUUUCUGAGUUGUUUUAGUUUGGUGAGAACAGGUGAUGUGUUGGCUUAUGGGACGUCAUCUCACAUUAAGGAGACAUUUAUGGCCUGGCAAGUGCACGUACGGAAGUCUGAGGUGAACUGCUUUUGCGCAGGCGUGUUAGAAAGUAUUUGGGAGCCACCAGAGGAAAAGGGUCUUGUCUCAAGGAAACUCCCAGAGUGAAACCCAGUCCAGUAGAAGGAACAUGGAGGCAGAGAUGGGAUAGAGACUGAGAACAACUAAACCAAAUUUGGAAGCUGGGACCAAGUCUUUGAUUUAGCUUUUGCAAUAUCGUUCAACCAAGGAAACUGAGCUAAUAAUACGAACUAUGCCUUAGAAGACCCUGAAGAAAAUGGAAGGGUUGUAUAAGAUAAUAAAGUCAUCCAGGUUUUAUAUGUGGACUUGCAGAAUGGUAUUUAUAUGCUGUGCGUUAAAAGGCAGAAAGAUAAAUGAAAUAACACCCCUCUACCUCACUUUCCCCCCAAAAAGGAAAUUAGCGGCUUCAUUUGUUGGUUUGUUUGGCUGGCAGUUUGAGUUGAUGGAAUAGACUAGUCUUACUGGCUGAUUUUUAGAUGUAGGUAUAUUGUUUCUUGAUAGUGGAUGUUUGAGACUGGGAAUCGGUAGCAUUAUUGAUUUGACCUCUCUUAAAUUUUAGCAACUUCCCCAAAGACAGAGUGAGUUAGUGAGGAAUGUGGACUAUCUGAGUAAUAUGGUUCCCUAGUCGAUUCAUUUAGGGAAUUGUUUGUACCCUGUAUUCCUUCUUAAGAGUAAGGAAGGUAAUAUUCUUUGCUUCAGGGAACUCUCCUUUCUGUCCUCCCUCCCUCACUUUUUCCCAAUUCUGGCCCCAAAGCAGCUCUAUCUCUUCUGUGGCAGGUGUGCAUCCUAUUGGCUGGCUGGUAUUUCUUGUUUUCUUUUUUUUUUUUUUCUUUUUCUUAUUCUUUUUAAGUGGGGGAGGGGGUAUAAAAAUAUGUGUAUGGGGUACAUGCAAUAAUGUUGUAAUGAUUUUUGUUUAAUGGAUAAUUAAUUGCAAAGUAAUUGUUUGAAUGAUAACAUGUUUGAGUAAAUGCUAAAUUAGUAUUUUUUUUUCUAAUAUAAUAAUGAAUUUGAAAUCUAGCAUUCCUGUAACAAUGUGUCUCUGUUUGUCUGUCUGUGUCUGUCUAAUAGUAAUUAAUAUCUGUGGUCCGUGCCUGGAAGAGGAAGGACAGCUUUAAAGGAAUAACAAAAGACUUUGUGUCUUAGACCCUUCGCAGGUGUUACAGUCGGGUGAAAGAACAUGGUGUUGGGAAAAGAAAGAGCAGUUACACAUUUGAACAGUUGGAACAGGUGUUUGGUCAGGGAGGAUGGGAUGCUCAGCCCUGCCAGCCUGUACUUAUUAACAGUAGUGGCUUGUACCAGGAGCUGGAGUCAGAUGGCAGCACUAUGGAGGAGUAUUCACAGGAGGACUGGGGAAACCACAGUCAGGAUCUCCAUGGCUACCCAACAGAUCAGGAAUUGGAUGAAAUACCUGUCACAAAGAGAACAUUAAAAAUUAAACAAGAGUCUUCUGAAGAAGCACAGAAGAGAGACAUCAUGCAGAAUAUCGUCCAGAUUUUGGAAUCAGUGCAGUUGAAAUGGGAACUGUUUCAGAGCUGGACGGACUUUUCAAGGCUUCAUCUUUCUAAUAAACUGGCCAUCUUCGGGAUCGGUUACAACACCCGUUGGAAAGAGGAUAUCCGCUACCAUUAUGCUGAGAUCAGCUCCCAGGUGCCCCUUGGCAAACGACUCCGGGAGUACUUCAACUCCGAGAAGCCCGAGGGGCGGAUCAUCAUGACCCGCGUGCAGAAAAUGAACUGGAAGAACGUUUACUACAAAUUCCUGGAGAUCACCAUUAGUGAGGCCCGGUGCCUGGAGCUGCACAUGGAAAUUGACUGGAUCCCCAUUGCCCACUCCAAACCAACUGGUGGCAACGUCGUUCAGUAUUUAUUGCCAGGAGGCAUUCCCAAGAGCCCAGGCCUGUAUGCCAUCGGCUACGAAGAAUGUCUGAAGAGGCCCUCCUCCCCCCACAUGGAGCCGAGUUCCCUGGACCCAGGAAAGGAGGGCAGGGUUGACCUGGAAACCCUUUCCGCACCAGCCUCGUUGCAGGUAGAAAUAGAACCCACGCGGAUCACCUAUUGCUACCUCGGGAUCGCUGAGGUCAGGACUCUGCAGCAGUGCUUGUUUUUACACUUCCAAGCCAAUACCAAAACCUUCAGCAAGGACUGGGUUGGUAUUAAUGGGUUUUUGUCUCAGAACUGCAUUGUGGAUCCCGGAGUCUCCCCCAAAUCCAUCUACAUCAAGUUUGUGGAAGUAGAGAGGGAUUUCCUUUCCGCUGGCUCUUUAGUCGAGUGCCUGGAAAAAGCCAUCGGGUACCGCUUAAAAUUUAACAACUGAAUGUCAUCCUUCAUAAGGAUUUGGGCUCUUACCUCCCUCUUCUCACUCCCCGCGACCUGACCCAGACAGACUGUCCCUCAUCCAGAUGCUGCCAUCAGACUCUCCAUGGAAACUCUUUCCACCACUGGGCCAGUACAACCCUUAAAGGAUCACACUAGACUCUGAGCAAACAACACAGACCUCACCUAAAAACGCUCACUUUGAGCAAAUGAGAUUUACAGCGAACUUGCAUGGUGGGUCGACUGUUUUUUAAAAACAAAACAUUUUUAAAUGGGUAUUAGAGCCCUAAUAUAAACAAACAUAGGUACAUUCCAUAUUGGACAAAACUUAUACUUUGAGUUUCAUAUAAAAUGGAAAAUUUG